GUGGACUCACAGCUGCCCUUGCUCCGACCCCAGCGGAGGCUGUGUGGGAAGUUUGUGUCUCAGAGCCGGCGCGUUGCUCUGCGGAGUGUCUGGAGCCCCGUGUGUGCACAGAAACUGAUAAAUAGGGAAAAGGCCCCGUUUGCUCCAGCUGGACUCAGAGCCGGGAUCAGCGCGACAGCCCAGCUCCGCUCUGCAGGCAAGAAACUCUCUGGAACUACCGUUGCCUUCUUAAAAGUCCGUCACACAGCAAAGUGAAUGAAACAGUGCAGCUGGGAGCAGAAUAUGGCAAACACAUUUGUCACCGUACCUGACGGGUACUGUCUGCCCGAGCCCAUACAGUAUUACGAUGUCAUACCGGAGCACAUCAACUACCACCUGCAAGACACCGAUUUCCAGACUGCGCCUUACUGCCAAUACUCAACAGUUCCAAUUCCUCCUCCAGUGCUACAGUCACCGCCACCUCAGUCCCAGUACAGCCCGUAUGGGCUGGACUCCCCAUACAGCGACAGCCAGUGCAUCGGCAGCAGCUGUGAGUUAACCAAACCCCCAUUCAUGGCUCCCCACGUCGAUGAUGGUGGAUACCAAGGACUGAAACGGCCAAGAUUCCACCACUCUUCCCUGCGGCUGAAGGGACAGGAGGAGCUGUGUGUGGUGUGUGGCGACAAGGCGUCCGGCUAUCACUACAACGCGCUCACCUGCGAAGGCUGCAAAGGCUUCUUUCGACGUAGCAUAACCAAAAAUGCAGUAUAUCGAUGCAAGAACGGUGGUCACUGUGAAAUGGACAUGUACAUGCGAAGGAAGUGUCAGGAAUGUCGCCUGAAGAAGUGCAAAGCUGUGGGAAUGCUGGCAGAAUGUAAGUGCUCCUUCCGUGCUGCCUACUUUACUCAUCAAUGUGGAUAA